AUGGGAGGAUUUGUCGUAACGUGCGUGGAUGGUGGAUACCAAAAAGGCCUCAAGGAGGCGCUCCUUAUGCUGAGGAUGGCAGUGUUCCACAUUCGCAGUAAAAAUAUGCCAGAAACAAACGGCACAGAAAGCGAAGAUGCAAAAGAUAUACACGCCCAACUGAAAAAGGAAAGAGAAGAAAUGAAAAAAACAGAACUUGUACUCCUUGGGGGAAAAAGAGACUCUGAAAUACUUUUCAUACGGAAUGACACCGAGCUCACAGAAAUAGAAAUAUACAACAUGCUGAUUGAGCACACGGAGCGGGCAGAGUACAUACGGAGAGUGAUCCCAGUAAAAUCGAUAUUCACUUUAUCCGCUGAUAACUUGGUAAAAGAGACAAAAAAGGUCUGCGAAGACAUAGGAGCGCAGGAGUCGUUCAGGAUCAGCCUGUCUAAGAGGCUCUGUGUGCACAUAAGCAGCGAGUUCAUUAUCACAAAAGUGGCAGAGCAGAUACCAAGAAAAGUAGACUUGAAGAACCCAGACAAGGUGGUUAUGGUGGAAAUAGUCAAAGACCUGUGUGCAAUAGGCGCACUGAAGCCGUGUCCGGGCAAUUUCAACAUAACGCGCAGCCCAAGGAUGCAAUAG